AUGUUUAACCUUUUACAUCCAAGGAAAUCAUCACUUGCUUAUGUACUUUUAUUCAUUGUCGUAAGUUUGAGAAAGUAUGCGGUGGCAUUUCCUUUAGCUUUGCGAGAAAAGGCUGUCAACGGUUGCUUAACAGAACCGUCUGAGUCAUCCAUUAUUCUGAAUCAGCAAUCUAAUUUUUCUUACUAUUCGAAACUUCUUAUUAGUGCUGUUCUAGUCUUGUUGGGUGGCGUGUUUGCAGGACUUACGAUCGGUCUUAUGGGAUGCGACGAAGUGUAUUUGCAAGUUUUGGAGCAGAGUGGUGAUCGUUACGAAAGAACAUAUGCGAAAAAAGUUUUGAAGCUUUUAAACCGUGGUAAGCACUGGGUGCUGGUCACUUUGCUGUUGGGCAAUGUAAUUGUUAAUGAAACAUUGCCGAUUGUAUUCGACAGUAUCAUUGGCGGUGGAUGGCCGGCGGUUUUAAUCUCAACGGCGGCGAUUGUGAUUUUUGGAGAAGUAAUUCCACAAGCUUUAUGUGUCCGUUAUGGAUUGUCUAUUGGUGCUAAAUUGGAACCACUGGUUCUGUUUAUGAUGUACUUGCUCAUGCCAAUUGCUUAUCCAACGGCUUUAUUAUUGGAUGCAUGCUUGGGAGAAGAUCAUGGUAUAAUGUAUAAAAAGUCUGGGUUGAAAACUCUCGUCACUUUGCAUAGGGAUCUGGGCUUAGAUAAACUGAAUCAGGAUGAGGUGACGAUUAUUACGGCUGUUUUGGAUUUACGGGAAAAGUCAGCGAAGAGUAUUAUGACACCUAUUGAGGAUGUUUUUACCCUUCCAAUGGACCGCGUCGUGGAUGAACAACUAAUUGGCGAUAUUAUUUGUGCUGGUUAUUCGCGGAUUCCCGUGCAUAGACCAGGCUUUCCUCAUGAUUUUAUCGAUGACUGUUGGCCGGUGAGCAAAUUUGCCCUUGCAACCUUACCUCAAACUUUUCCAGAUACCUCCUGUUUGGAUCUAAUGAACUAUUGUCAAGAGGGUAAGAGUCAUAUGAUCCUUAUCUCUGAUCAUCCUGGCGAUAAAUUUGGUGCUCUAGGCGUCAUCACUCUUGAAGACAUUAUCGAAGAGUUAAUUGGGGAGGAAAUUAUUGAUGAGACGGAUGUCUAUAUUGAUGUUCACAAAGGGUUACCGCGUGUGAGUUACAACAAUGAAUUUUGGAAUAGAUUAUUCCACCGCUCUCAUUUGAAUACAAUGGCUGCUUUAACAAAGCGCCGUCGUACGACAGUGAAUGGAGAAAGUCAAAUGGAUGAGCAACGCCCAGUUUUGAACCCUAGGAAUGCCGCUAUGAAUCCUCGUUAUGUUCCGAAUGAGCGAGUAAAGGUGAAGGCACCUGUUAGCAUCAAGAACGAGACGGGUUACGGAAGUAUGGAAGCAUCAAAUGAAAGUGUUGCCUCUCUUUCUAAGAAGGUUGACAAAGUUGAAACGGAAAUAGAGGCUCACUCAAAAAGCAUACCAAAUAUUCAAGAAUACACUUCAGAGGAUAUUUCUCAGCGUGACUUAGAACAUCAGGCAAAUGACGGUAUUCAAGAGCAUGUUACACAUGACCACAACCGUAGGGAAGAAGAAGACGCUUCUCCAAUUGAUUAUAAUAAGAUUGCUGAGCGUGGUUUUGAUCAGUUAAACGGUAAGGAGACUGCAAAAAAACCUUCUCGAUUUAAUGCAGACUCCCCAAGAAUUAUGAGCAAAAAGUCAGAUAGCGUAUCUUCUGAUUCUGAGAGGACAUUUACAGGAAAAAGAGUAAGACUUGGUAACGUAAUUGAAAGCAAUCUUGUCUCUGCGGAUGGUAUCGAGCGCAUUGUUAUCGAACCAUAUGAAAGGACCGUUAACGAAAAUCCGGAAGAUAUUGUUGAAAUGGUGGAACGAAAUGGUAUUCUUGUACCGAAAGUCAGCAUCACGACUAAUGAUUCUCUUGAAGAGAAUGAGUCUCUAAACAUUGGUGAUGCCAAUAUGCAUAGUCCCAUUGAAAAUCACUCCUCUGUUAGUUCUUCGAGACCUUCAAAAAACAAAAAGAAAAAGAGAAGGAGUAAAAAUAAAAAAUAA